CCUCCUCCUUCCUCCCAACCUCCCCUUUCACACUCUGUUGAUCAGCUCAGGAAAGGGAAAGUGUUUGUGUGAAACCUGAGGAUCACUUGCAGACUGAGGAACUAGAGAGCAGCUACAUCGAGUUUUAUCCUGCAAGUGAGCUUCCAGCCAUGUUUACGCCAAGCAAGACAAACCAGAUGAGGGGCGACCUGCAGCAUUUCCGCAAAGAGUAUGGCUUCUCUAGAAAAGUCCUCCUCAACUGCUGCUUGAUGCGCCGCAUCAUCACCUGGGCCUCCCCGAACCCCAAAGACAGCGUUGAAGAUGAGCUCGAACUAUCGGCCGUCCGCCAUCGCCCAGAAGGCCUGGAACAGCUCGAAGCCCAGACACGUUUCUCACGAAAGGAGCUGCAGAUUCUUUACCGCGGCUUCAAGAAUGAAUGUCCCAGCGGAGUCGUCAACGAAGACACUUUUAAAGACAUCUACGCACAGUUCUUCCCACAAGGAGAUGCUUCAACAUACGCACACUUCCUGUUCAAUGCGUUUGACACAGAUCACAAUGGCUCUGUGAGUUUUGAGGAUUUUGUCAUGGGUCUGUCUAUCCUCCUGCGUGGCACAGUCCAGGAAAAACUCAACUGGGCAUUCAACCUUUAUGAUAUCAAUAAGGAUGGAUAUAUCACUAAAGAGGAAAUGCUGGACAUCAUGAAGGCCAUCUACGACAUGAUGGGAAAAUGCACAUACCCUGUCCUCAAAGAGGAGACGCCCCGUCAGCACGUAGAAGUAUUCUUUCAGAAGAUGGAUAAGAACAAAGAUGGUGUGGUAACCAUAGACGAGUUCAUCGACUGUUGCCAAAACGAUGAAAACAUCAUGCGAUCAAUGCACCUCUUUGAAAACGUUCUUUAAUUUUUGGCUGGCUGCGGAGGCUUUGGAAGAGACCAUCAUCUUUAGCUUGGCCCAAUUACUGACUUGGGACUCAUACUGUGUACAGUGUGCUAUGCAGCCUUUUUGACCAUAGAUAGAAUAUUGUUCUUACACCGGGCCACAAUUAUUAGUAGGCAAUAUGGUGCGAACACUCUGGAAUUUGUUGCCUUCCAAAACAAAUUAUGGAAUACAGUUAGGUCGGGAACUUACAGCUGAAAAAGUGCAAAUGAGUUAAAAGGAGAAGCUAGGUUGAGUUUUCAAAAUGAAACCAUUAAUUUCAAGGUUGAUUUCCACCAUCCGUCCCUGGAGUGUCGUUGUGUUUGCAGGCUGUGUAAGCCUCUCGCAUUAUCAGCACAGAGACGUCUAAUGAAAGGCUUCAGACACAUUUCUUCCCGUUUUAUUUACUGCCAAAUCAAAUCACUGUGACUUUCUACAGCAUUAAGAAAACCUGAACAAAACAUCAGAUGUAACGUCACACUCAGCUGUUUUUACAUUCCAGACUGGCUCCCAGUUCCAGAGUGUUCCCGCCUGACUUAGUUAACCGUUGUGGUCUUUCUGCUCUUUGGAGGAACUGUUUUUUUUUUUGGGGGGGGGGGUAUGUUGUACCAUUUUAAACUGUACAUAUUAUAAAACAUUAGAUAAGAACUCUAUGAGAAACUUUUGUUCUUGUUUACUUGCCAACUAGGAUGAGACAACACAAGGAUUGUAUUGAUGUCAAACUCGGACCAUAAUAUCGAUGGUUUGUCUACAGAAGCACACAGGUAGCUCUAUUUACCAUCAGUAUAAUGUUAUACAACCAUGUCUUUGUCAUGAGAGAAAUGCUGCUUUCAGUGCAUUCAUUCAACCUUAUGUAUGUAUAUUUCCUGUAAAGUAACCCAUCUAUCAGUAUGUUUUUAUUUGGGUUUUCUGAGUUUACAACUAAGAGCGGUGUUUGGGAUUAUCUGUAUGGUAUUCUGGUCGUUGUACAAAAGAUUGUCAGCUGCACAGUAUUAAAUGAAAAGUCGCCUUCGGGUGAAUUUCAGGUCUUUAGAUUCGUUCAUAUGAGUCACUGUUUUUAAUAAGAAAGGCCAGUGGGGGUUUGGUUGUUGGUACAAAACUUUGUAUUAUACUCAUUAGUUUGGGUUUUCUUGUUGUUUGCCUCCUCCUCACCCUGUGGGAUGCAGCUGCCCACUCCUAUUCAGGCUGAUUGGUUUGAUUGGCCCCAAAUGUUAGCAAACACGAGGCACGCAGGGUAGAAGUCUCGCUGACUACAUCUUGCUUAUUGGAAACUACUGGAUUAUUGAGAGAAGUGUCUCAAGUGUGUCUGAGUGUUUCUGUCUGACAUUGCUCUUUUUUUUUUUCCCUCCUUUUCACAAAGGCUCGGAUAUUAGACACAGGAAGUAGCCAGAAAUAAGACUUAUACUUGAGAACUGUUUUGGUUUAUGGUUAAUGUGUUGCAGCAUUUAACGGUUUAUCAUUCAAAGUGUACAGUGUGUUUCUACGAUGUAUCACUGGGAGUCACAAACAUACAAACCUCCUCGGUGAGGCAUGCUAAUCAUCCAUUAUUUAGUA